CCAGCUGAUGAGAUCACGGUCAUCUGUUCAAAUGUUUGUUCUCCUGGCAGCAUCUGGGCUCCUGGCCCGGCUCCUGACGUCAGCGGUGCUGCAGUGCAGACAGUGUCAGUGACGUCAAUGCAUGGAUAUAAAACAGCUGCAGCACCGAUGCAGGAGACGGCCGACACAGCUGAAGAUAUGUCAUCCUCCACUGCCGCUUCUAAGAAUGCACCUGGUUCUGCCCCCAGCGAGCCGGGCUCUGAUGUCUACACCUAUCAGCGGAUGGAGCUCACCCAGGCUCAGAUAGACGAGGUGCUGAGCAUCAUGAAUACCAACGUGGAUAAAGUGUUGGAUAGAAAUGGAAAAAUAUCUAAACUUGAAGCCACAGCGGAGGAACUUCACGCUGGCGCCAAACAGUUCCAGACCAACACAUCGGAGCUGCGGAAGAAACCCCUGUGGAAGAACAGCAAGGUGCGUGACAUGGGGGGCAGCAAGGUGCUUGACAUGGGGGGCAGCAAGAUGCUUGACAUGGGGGGCAGCAAGGUGUGUGACAUAUGGGGCAGCAAGGUGUGUGACAUAUGGGGCAGCAAGGUGUGUGACAUGGGGGGCAGCAAGGUGUGUGACAUGGGGGGGCAGCAAGGUGUGUGA